GGUAUUAGUUGCCAAUGUAAGAGCAAGGGAGAAUUUAGAUAUAGAUGGGAUGCAUAAAAAUGAGAUCUUUAUUCGAUUUCUUUCAGCUCAUAUUAGAUAUAUGUAUUGAAGAUUGGAAUUUGGCUUGAGAAUAAAAGGAGCUAAAAAAUUUCUUCGUUUCGAUUGAUCAAAUUUCUAUCUGAUACGGUUUAAUGCACGCACACACAUCAUACGUAUGAUGCACGUAUGUAUGUACGUGUGCGCAUGUGGCAAUUUGUGAUCACGAUCGACAUCAUUUCGCCAAGUGUUGCAACCAACUGCAGUGUGUAAGUCAGUGUAAGUAGGCUUAUGCGAUUGCGAUAAGUUUCCUUUGCGACGAGUCAAUGACAGAAGCGACCUUGUUUCCUGAGAAUUUCUCUCGAGCAUUUCUCGCGAACUCGAGGUAAUCGACGUAUCAACGUUUUUGAGUCUUAUUCGUGUCUGGAAAGAACUCAAAGGUAUCGCAAGAUACGAUCCUCGGUUCUCCAUUCAGCUCACAACGACGACGACGACGCACCAUUAUAGAAUGCACUAUUGUCAGUGUUAAUCGGCAAGAAGGCCGCACUUUGAGUUGAUGAGAGGAAGGAGCAGGGCGAAAUCAGUAGUAUCAACAUGCAGAACAACGACGAGAAUAAGACGCAGGACGUCGCCGUGGAUAGCGAUGACGAGGAUCAGAGUUACGAGGAGUUCACCGUGAAUAGCGACGACGAAGUUUCCAAUCCCAACACUAAUCUAUCCACCGCGGAUUGCGACGACGACGAAUUGAGUCGCACCAAGAAGACAACUACUUCGAAUGGUAACGACGAGAAUCCCGAUUGCGGCACCAAGAAGCCCGUUGCCAAGAAUGAAAGCUAUGCCUGGCCUAUGUAUCGCGCGUCUACCUCGCGAGAGAAAUUGCUCGCCACUCCGGAGGAUGAUUAUGGCUGCGAGCAUUACAAACGAAAGUCCAAGUUUGUGACUCCUUGCUGCAAUAAAGUAUACACGUGCCGAUUUUGUCAUGAUGAACAGGAGGCACAUACGGUAAAUAGGAAAGAAGUGACAGAAUUAAUAUGUGUUCUUUGUGAUACUCGUCAACCUGUUCAAGCCACUUGUCAAAAUUGCCAUUGUCAAUUUGGCAAAUAUACAUGCCUCGAAUGUAAUCUUUUUGAUGACGAAGACAAAAAUCAAUACCAUUGUGAUGGUUGUGGUAUAUGUAGGGUUGGUGGUCGUGAAAAAUUCUUUCACUGUGCAAAGUGUAACAUGUGUUUGCCAGUUCAAUUACAAAAUGGACAUACGUGCAUAGAAAAUGUUUCACAUUCCAAUUGUCCUGUGUGCCUCGAAGAUAUUCAUACGAGUCGUACACCAUGUCACAUUCCUGGUUGCGGACACUUGCUACAUCGUACAUGUUUUAAGGAAUUGUUACAGUCUGGACAUUAUGCUUGCCCAACAUGUCAAGUGUCGCUUUUAGAUAUGACGGAUUUAUGGAAAUAUUUAGAUACAGAAGUAUCAUUAACGCCAAUGCCAGAGGAAUACAAGGAUUAUAAAGCCGAUAUUUUAUGCAAAGACUGCCACGAGGAAUCGACGGUAAAGUUUCAUAUUGUUGGAUUGAAGUGCUUAAACUGUGGUAGCUAUAAUACUUGCAGGAUAAAAGGUUCACCUUCUCCAGUUUGUACAGAUCCAGAUGUCUUAUCAGAAGCAGCAGCUGGUGGUAGUAAUAAAGAAGAGAAGGAGCAAUCGGAAGGAUAAAGAUCGGAAUGUUAUCCGAAAUUAUCCAUCAAUUACAAAAGGAAUACAUCAUACCAGUAAUGAUGGGAGAGAUUUUAUAGAUAAAUUUUAUCUUUGACAUUUUGUAGCAAAUUGCGCUUUUGUUGCCUUCAUAGUAUUCUUUGAUCAAGAAUUAGUUAGCCAAUUGCAAAUUAGCAUAAAAAUGAAAUAUCAUUAUUGAAUAAUCAAAUGUCAGAAGUACACAAUUAUUUUCAGUGGUCAUUGAUGGCAUAUUGUAAUGCAAUUUUUUGGAUCCAAUAUGUAGAUCAUUUCAUUAACAUAAAUCUUAAAAAAAUUAUAUAUAU